AUGAUCUGUUAUGACGGCAUCGUAAUGCUUCAAAUAGUCAGGAAAUCGGAUCAAAUGAAUAUAUUGAAGAAAAUUAAAAUUUUUAAAAAAAGUGGUGAGAGUACUGAGGAUGCUAAACAGGGACAAGAUGGAGAAAAUAAGACCACCGAUGCGCAACAAGCGUUUACAAUGGAGCAAGCCAGUAAAGCUCUGAAAGCUUACAAGGAUCGCAAAAAAGCACGACAAAAAGCACGUGAAGAAGAAGCAUGUUAUGUGGAAUACAGGAAAGCUGAAAUUUUGGCAAAAUUUAAACCAAAAGUGGGAACGCUUCGAAUUGCUGAUGAGGUUUUUCCAAAACGUCGCAAAGGUUCAAUGGGUUUUGGUGAGCGAAAAGCUCAUUACCUAUCUAUUCGGCCUAAACCUUGUUAUGCAACUUGGCUUGGUAAGCGUCGAAAUGUCAUCGAGGCAAAGCCCUCACCGAUGGCAAUAGCAGCAUCAGUUGAUAUGACAGAUCAUUCGGCUAUCCCAGAAUCAAUCAAACCGCUUGCUAAAGAAUCCGAUAAGCAGGAUCAUGAAAAUGAAUCGUCUAAGAAAUCACUUGCUCCAAAGGAUUCAAAACAAACAUCUCAAACAUCUGCUAUAGACAUACAAACAUCAUCACAUAAAAGAUCAUCAACACCUGGCUCUGACUUUGAAGAUGACAAUAGUCAAGUUAAAGUAGUCACCUAUGGAGUAAAUGCUGAUAAUCCGUUGAUAAAUGGUGUACCAUUUUGGACUAUUGAAACUCCUCAAGAAGAAGAAGCAGUAACAGAUGAUGAUUUGCCAGUUGAUAUGGAUAUUUUGGAGAAAGUUUGCGUCGGAAAAAAGACACUUGAUACACGACCUUUUGAAAAAACUGAAUUUAAUCCGUUCGGUCCAGUAUCUAAAAUGAAAUCGGAUGAUCCAUUAUUCGAUCGCGAUACGAUUUUGUUUUCAAAUACUGUCGAAACGGUAAUCCGAUUGCAGCCUGAAGAUAAUGAGAAGAUACCACAACCUAUUGAUCCAAAUCGACGCCAUAUUCGGUGGGCCGAUAAAAUCAGCGUGACAACUUUUGAUCCCAGAAAUCGACGACCCAAAGAUAUUCGGGUGCCGGUCUUUGAACCAUUACGAAACAUUAUUCGAGAUCGUCGAUAG